UUUUUUUUUUCUUCUUUAAACACAUUAAAAAGAUGACCAUUGCUCAUGAGGAACACCAAUACUUGCAACUGAUUAAACGUAUCUUGGAAGAAGGAGAACACCGAGCGGAUCGUACGGGUACAGGUACACUUGCGAUUUUUGCUCCACCUCAACUACGAUUUUCCUUAAAGGACGAUAUUUUCCCUUUACUCACGACCAAACGAGUCUUUUACCGUGGUGUUCUCGAGGAACUCUUAUGGUUUGUACGUGGCGAUACCAAUUCGAAACAUUUGACAGAUCGCAACGUCAAGAUCUGGGACGGUAAUGGUUCACGUGAAUAUCUCGAUAAAUUAGGCUUGACCCAUCGUCGUGAAGGUGAUUUGGGACCUGUGUAUGGAUUCCAGUGGAGACAUUUUGGUGCCAAGUAUGUGGAUUGCGAUACGGAUUAUACGGGACAAGGUGUGGACCAAUUGGCUCAAGUGAUUCAUACCAUUAAACAUAACCCUACGGAUCGUCGCAUCAUUUUAUCCGCAUGGAAUCCCGCUGAUAUCCCCAUCAUGGCUUUACCCCCUUGUCAUGCAUUCUGUCAAUUCUACGUGUCGAAUAAACCUGCUGAUGGAGGAAGAGCUCGAUUAUCGUGUGUACUUUACCAACGUUCAUGUGAUAUGGGUCUGGGUGUACCCUUUAAUAUUGCCUCCUAUGCUCUAUUGACCCGUAUGAUUGCUCAUGUCACUGACUUGGAUCCCGGAGAGUUUAUACAUACGAUGGGUGAUACACAUGUUUACAUUGAUCAUACACAAGGUCUUCAAGAACAACUCUUGCGUGAUCCUCGACCUUUCCCUACUUUAAAAAUCAAUCGUAAAAUCACAGAUAUUGAUGAUUUCAAGUUUGAAGAUUUCGUGCUUGAAAAUUAUAACCCUCAUAGCAAAAUCGAUAUGAAAAUGUCGGUUUAAAGGAAUAAAAAAAGAAAAAGAAUCUAUUGUAUACACACUACCUAAAAUUACUACCCUUUUUUUUUGGGGGGGCGGGGGAUCAUCAUGCUUGGCAACUCAUCCAAUCAUACAUACAAUCCUCCCUCUCUUUGAUGGCGUCAAAUGAUUUUCAUACAAUGACGGAUGAAUUCUUUUUUUUUUUUUUUUUUACAGAAAAAAUAAAGAUGGACGGUAUUUCAAAAUAGGUACUGUGAAAC